GGGAAGCACAUUCGCGAGCGCAGCGGCCACCCUGCCCUGGUCACAGAUGGAGCGAUCUGCGGCGUGAGCACGGAGCUCGGAGCCGACAAGGGCGAGAAGGGGCGACCGCAGCAGGUGGAAACCUGAUCCAGAGCCGGCGAGCAAGAAGAACGUACCUGAGCCCCGCUCCUCCUCCGCCCCUUCAGCGGACGAGAACUACUUUUACCCUCGUCGUAAAAGAGACUUAAGGGAAGGUGGAGACGAUCUGUUUCAUUAGGAGGGUUGCAAGGGAUAUUCUGACCAGAGCAAGCCACCACCCGGUACACCGAGCAGAGCGAUCCUGGGCUUCUGAAGAUAAACGCUUUCCGGAGAAUUCCAGCUGGAGUCGCUGGUACAGUUCUAUUUUUGUAUUUAGAUAUAUAUAUGUUCUUUGCCUUUCAUUUAAAAACACGGCUCUUGGUUGUUAGCAGUGACACGUGUGACUCUCUCUCAUUUGCUGUCACUUUUAGAGGAUAGGAGCACUCUCUAUUUCUGAACUGGGCGUUCUAAUCGGAAACUGUUUUUCCACGUAUCCAUACAUUCACACGCACGAGCGUUUAGAAAGAGACUGCUCUUUUUAGCUUUUGGUGGUCGGAACCUUACGGAGAAAGAUGGAAAAGGGAGCCCGACAGCGAAACAACACCGCGAAGAACCCGGGUUCUGACACCAGCCCUGAGGCCGAGGCUAGCUCGGGAGGGGGCGGAGUAGCCCUGAAGAAAGAGAUCGGAUUGGUCAGCGCCUGUGGCAUCAUCGUAGGGAAUAUCAUCGGCUCUGGAAUCUUUGUCUCACCGAAGGGCGUGCUGGAGAACGCCGGCUCUGUGGGCCUUGCUCUCAUUGUCUGGAUCGUGACGGGUAUCAUCACAGCUGUGGGAGCCCUCUGCUAUGCUGAGCUAGGCGUCACCAUUCCUAAAUCUGGAGGUGAUUACUCCUAUGUCAAGGACAUCUUCGGAGGACUGGCUGGGUUCCUGCGGCUGUGGAUUGCUGUGCUGGUGAUCUACCCUACCAACCAAGCUGUCAUCGCUCUCACCUUCUCCAACUACGUGCUGCAGCCGCUCUUCCCUACCUGCUUCCCCCCUGAGUCCGGCCUGCGACUCCUGGCCGCCAUCUGCUUGUUGCUUCUCACAUGGGUCAACUGCUCCAGUGUCCGAUGGGCCACCCGGGUUCAAGAUAUCUUCACGGCUGGGAAGCUCCUGGCCCUGGCUCUGAUCAUCAUCAUGGGUGUUGUGCAGAUAUGCAAAGGAGAAUUCUUUUGGCUGGAACCAAAGAAUGCGUUUGAGAAUUUCCAAGAGCCUGACAUUGGCCUUGUCGCCCUGGCUUUCCUCCAGGGCUCCUUUGCCUACGGAGGCUGGAACUUCCUUAAUUAUGUGACUGAGGAACUUGUGGAUCCUUACAAGAACCUUCCUAGAGCCAUCUUCAUCUCCAUCCCAUUGGUCACAUUUGUGUACGUCUUUGCUAAUAUUGCGUACGUCACUGCAAUGUCCCCCCAGGAGCUGCUGGCCUCAAAUGCAGUCGCUGUGACUUUUGGAGAGAAGCUCCUUGGGGUUAUGGCCUGGAUCAUGCCCAUUUCUGUUGCCCUGUCCACAUUUGGUGGUGUCAAUGGCUCCCUCUUCACCUCCUCCCGGCUAUUCUUUGCUGGAGCCAGAGAAGGCCACCUUCCCAGCGUGUUGGCCAUGAUCCACGUGAAGCGCUGCACCCCAAUCCCAGCCCUGCUCUUCACAUGCCUCUCCACCCUGCUGAUGCUGGUCACCAGUGAUAUGUACACACUCAUCAACUAUGUGGGCUUCAUCAACUACCUCUUUUACGGGGUUACGGUUGCAGGACAGAUAGUCCUACGCUGGAAGAAGCCUGACAUCCCCCGUCCCAUCAAGAUCAGCCUGCUGUUUCCCAUCAUCUACUUGCUGUUCUGGGCCUUCUUGUUGAUCUUCAGCCUGUGGUCAGAGCCAGUAGUGUGUGGCAUCGGCCUGGCCAUCAUGCUGACGGGAGUUCCUGUCUACUUCCUGGGUGUCUACUGGCAACACAAACCCAAGUGUUUCAAUGACUUCAUUGAGUCCCUAACCCUAGUGAGUCAGAAGAUGUGUGUGGUCGUGUAUCCCCAGGAGGGGGACUCGGGGACUGAGGAAACAGUUGAUGAGGUAGAGGAACAGCACAAGCCCAUCUUCCAGCCUACUCCUGUCAAGGACCCGGAUGCGGAGGAGCAACCCUGAAGACCGCUGGCCAUUAGAUGGCCACUCCUCCCUUCGUCCUUUCUGCCCUGUAUCCAUGCCUAGGUCCUCCCAACACACACACACACACACACACACACACACCUGUAAUGCAGGGGCCAGACCUGGGCAUCCACAGUGAGACAUUCUAAACAAAGACCCUAACCUUUGUACCCAAAGAACCUGCUUCCAGCACCGAGGCCCCCGGUUAAGGUCAGUGUGCCGGGCCUGCGCACACCCUAAAGUUUAGAGGAGAGUGGAGGAGCCUCGGUACCCCACAGGGCCCUUCCUCCUGGGCCCAUGCCCCUUAGGUGCCUCUAAGAAACCUGGGUUCGCUACUAUUUCUUCUCCCUAAUCCCAAGCCCAGGUGAAACAUCCAUUGGAAAAAAGGUAGCAGCCCCAGAGAGUUAGCUGGGGAAGACAAUUCAGAUCGUCCUGUCCCGUUAAGUCAGCGGGAGAGACUCAGUUGUGGCUUCGAUCACCAGGGAACCAAAAGGCAGAGAGUUCACAUCUCUGCCUUCUUCUCCACUCUUCUGUACUACCAAGGCUCCACUGCCCAGCCUCCACACACUACCCAGAAGGUUCCCUUCCGGAUGCCUCCUCCCACUGAGCUAAGGACCAAGAAGGAGGGCUGCCCCAGCCCCAGCUCUAAGCCAGGCUUGUGGGAUGUAUAGGGGAAGGCGCAGACAGCAGAAGUGGACCCCUGCCCUGCCCUGCCCUGCCCUGCCCUGCCCUGCCCCUGCCUCCUAUCCCCUUGUGGUGCCAAAGCUCCCUGAAGCCAGAAAGACUUCUUCUAUUCAGUCUAAGAGCUCUCUCUCUCUGAAGGGCAAAGCGACUCAGCUCCUCCCUGUCCCCCUGUGAAAGAGCAGUAACCCUCUCUUCCCAGCAUCUUCCCAGCCACAGCUGUCUGCACCCUCGCCCCCUUCCUCCCCUGGAUUGGGGCUCAAGGAGCAGGUAUGAAGGAUCCCCAAGUCCUUCAGGCCUGAAAUUAGAGUCAAACCAGCCUUAAGUCAUCUCCCACCUGAGAACUGGGCCUACCAUGCUCCCUGUUUCUCCCUUCAGGGCAGACCUGGUGUUAAAUCCUUCCCAGGAAGGAAGGGUGCUUCCCUCCCCCCAUCUCUCACCCUGGGGAGACCGUGUUGUUGGUGGGGGUGGGGGUGGGGUGGGGAGAAUGUUCUCUGAAGGCCAGUUUCUCUCCCCUCCCCCAACACAAACAACCCCACCACCUUCUGCCAUCCCCUGUGGGAUGAGAGGACAGAGGAGGCUUUGGGGAGCUCAGGAAAGGCCCUUCCAGGAGAGCUGUGGUCUGUGCUCUGCAGGAAGGUGACAGAGUUUGCCUUCUCCAGACAGCCUCCACACCUGCUGUGCUUAGGACAGGACCCUUUGAUCCCAAGGCAGAACCCUAACCCUGUUGCAUCAACUCAAACUGGAAUACACAGGACCCAGGGGCCUUUCCUGGCCCCUGACAGCAGGUCUCCCAACUCCCCACCCAGCUCACCCUCCCUGGUGAGAGGCCGGGUUUGGGCUAAAUCAUGUCCUUCAGAAUACAGUCCAGUCAGGUUGUGGGGCCUCUGGGGGGCCAGGGACCACCCCUCUACCCCUCUCCUCUCAUUCCUUCAGCCUGUGCCUGCCCCUCCUGGAGUUAUUAUUGUCUCUCUCUCUCCUUUUUUUUUUUUUAAAGUGGAUGCCUUACUUUUUAGAUAACUAUUUUUGAAGCUGGUAUUUCUAUUUCUUUUGGAUUUUUUAAUGUAUGGUGGUUUGGGGGCAGAGCUAGAACCUUAAUAAUCUAUCACUGAGUUCAUUUAGGUUUUAAAUUUUAUUGGUUUGUUUUAUGGAGUAUUUUCUUUUCAUGUAAUAAAAUUUUAAACGGAAA